AGCAUUUUGGUUGCAAUAACCACUUGCACCUUAUCAGUUCCUCAUUCAUUCUCUCCAAUGGCUACCAUCAAUUUAAGGUCUAAUGAAGUAGUUCCAGUCUUGGGCUUGUUCUGUCUCCUGCUAUUGGUACACAAGGGUGAUGCCUAUGAAUUCAUAGUUGGGGGCCAAAAGGGUUGGAGUGUUCCAAGUGACCCCAAUUCCAACCCCUACAAUCAAUGGGCAGAGAAGAGCCGAUUUCAAAUGGGAGACUCCCUAGUGUUCAAUUAUCCUUCUGGCCAAGACUCAGUAAUUCAAGUAAAUAGCCAAGACUAUGCCAGUUGCAACACUGGUGCAAAUACUGAAAAAUUCUCUGACGGCCACACAGUCAUCAAACUCAAUAAAUCAGGGCCUCAAUUUUUCAUAAGUGGAAACAAAAAUAGCUGUCUCAAGAAUGAGAAGCUGGUGGUGAUUGUGCUGGCUGAAAGGAACAAUAGAAACUCAAACACCAACCAAACCAGCACUGCUUCUCCUUCUCCUACUCCUUCUCCCUUACCCUCAUUGUCAACAAAGCAAUUAGCUCCUGCACCAGCACCAGUUCUGCAACAGGUUCCAUCUCCACUUGCACCUACUGUGGAGACUCCAUCACCUACUCAGCAAGAAGCUCCAUCUCCACCAACAGGGACAGGGGGGAAUAACCCAACUUCAGCUCCAGUUAGUGAACCUCCUCCUAAUGCUGCUUCUUCAAUCUUGGUCACCUUUGCUGGUUCUGUUGGAGCAUUCAUGGCUUCUGUUCUGGUGUUAUCUUUCUAA